AGAGCGGGCGGGGCGGACGCGCUUAGCCUAAGCCCAGGGUCCAGGAGCCCGGAGGGAGGUGGAGGCAAGGCGAGGCAGCAGGCGCUGAGUAGAGCUCAGUUGGAGCACAGUUUCCCUCCUGGACCGGUCGAGUCAGACCUCACGUGUAGACCAAGAGGAUCAAAGGAAGGGUACGUUACCUGCGGCGCCGGUUGUGCGCAGAUCAGAUGUGCCAGGAGCUGCAGGAGGUCAAAACCUAAGGGAGACAGGAGAAGAAAAUGGAGCGUCAGUGAUCAUCAGACUAGAAUGAGAGUGAAUUGGGAGAAAAUGGUGCGGCCCCCUCACCCAGAGCACCCUCCCCCACCUGCUCACAUCCCCAGCGAACACCUCCGGGGAGGCCUAUGAGGCAGCAGUAAAAGAAGAGGGAGGAAUAUAAAGUCUCAAGUUGGAAGGGACCCGGUUACCACUUCCUUUGCUUUCUGAACUUUUUGUUUUGGUCUCCUGCGGGCAGGAGUGAGUCUCGCCAUCCCCCUUGCUUGCUUGCUUGCAUUCAGCUAAGAGUCAUCUUCUCUCUUCUUCUUCCUCCUCCGCCCCACAUCUCCCUCCUUCCUCCCUUCCCCAACCCCUCCACCCACCAAGUAGCGAGUCAUUCAAUCUGUACACCUCCUGGGCUGAGAAUCGCAAUUGCGAAGUUGGGAGGCGGAGUGACAACGUUUGAGAAGGGCCAGGGCGAUCGGCAGUGUGCACAGGGACUGUGUCGGGCUUGGACCUCACCUCAUCCUUUCUCUUAGAGCGACCCUUCCUCUGCUCCCAGUCUCCUCUCUCUGCCACUUGUGCGCUGCUUCCGCGCACUCGCGGCUCCCUAGCGGCAGGAGGAGGAAGGAGCACAGCGGGUGGAGAGAGUGCGCCAGGGAGAGGUAACCCCUUCGGGAGCCCGGGGAAUCCCGGUCGCCACCAGGGGCCGUGCCACCGCCCUCGCGGGACCAACGCUUCCGGCGUGUCCCCAACUUUGUGGCGCCCUCAGGCCGCGGCGACUGGGAUAGAGAUGCCUUCCAGCGGCAGAGCGCUGCUGGACUCGCCGCUGGACAGCGGCUCCCUGACCUCCCUGGACUCUAGUGUCUUCUGCAGCGAGGGUGAAGGGGAGCCCUUGGCGCUCGGGGACUGCUUCACGGUCAAUGUGGGCGGCAGCCGCUUCGUGCUCUCGCAGCAGGCGCUGUCCUGCUUCCCGCACACGCGCCUUGGCAAGCUGGCUGUGGUGGUGGCUUCCUACCGUCGCCCUGGGGCCCUGGCCGCCGUGCCCAGCCCUCUGGAGCUUUGCGACGAUGCCAACCCCGUGGACAACGAGUACUUCUUCGACCGCAGCUCGCAGGCGUUCCGCUAUGUCCUGCACUACUACCGCACGGGCCGCCUGCAUGUCAUGGAGCAGCUGUGCGCGCUCUCCUUCCUGCAGGAGAUCCAGUACUGGGGCAUCGAUGAGCUCAGCAUCGAUUCCUGCUGCAGGGACAGAUACUUCAGAAGAAAAGAGCUGAGUGAAACUUUAGACUUCAAGAAGGACACAGAAGACCAGGAAAGUCAACAUGAGAGUGAACAGGACUUCUCUCAAGGACCUUGUCCCACUGUUCGCCAGAAGCUCUGGAAUAUCCUGGAGAAACCUGGAUCUUCCACAGCUGCCCGUAUCUUUGGGGUCAUCUCUAUUAUCUUCGUGGUGGUGUCCAUCAUUAACAUGGCCCUGAUGUCAGCUGAGUUAAGCUGGCUGGACCUGCAGCUGCUGGAAAUCCUGGAGUAUGUGUGCAUUAGCUGGUUCACUGGGGAGUUUGUCCUCCGCUUCCUGUGUGUGCGGGACAGGUGUCGCUUCCUAAGAAAGGUGCCGAACAUCAUAGACCUCCUUGCCAUCUUGCCCUUCUACAUCACUCUUCUGGUAGAAAGCCUAAGUGGGAGCCAGACCACGCAGGAGCUGGAGAACGUGGGGCGCAUUGUCCAGGUUUUGAGGCUGCUCAGGGCUCUGCGCAUGCUAAAGCUGGGCAGACAUUCCACAGGAUUACGCUCCCUUGGGAUGACAAUCACCCAGUGUUAUGAAGAAGUUGGCCUACUGCUCCUAUUUCUAUCCGUGGGAAUCUCUAUAUUUUCAACUGUAGAAUACUUUGCUGAGCAAAGCAUUCCUGACACAACCUUCACAAGUGUCCCUUGUGCAUGGUGGUGGGCCACCACCUCUAUGACUACCGUGGGAUAUGGGGACAUUAGACCAGACACCACCACAGGCAAAAUCGUGGCCUUCAUGUGUAUAUUAUCAGGAAUUCUUGUCUUGGCCUUGCCUAUUGCUAUUAUUAAUGAUCGCUUCUCUGCUUGCUACUUCACCUUGAAACUCAAGGAAGCAGCUGUUAGACAGCGUGAAGCCCUAAAGAAGCUUACCAAGAAUAUAGCCACUGACUCAUAUAUCAGUGUUAACUUGAGAGAUGUCUAUGCCCGGAGUAUCAUGGAGAUGCUUCGACUGAAAGGCAGAGAAAGAGCAAGUACCAGGAGCAGCGGGGGAGAUGAUUUCUGGUUUUGAAUUAAUUUUCAAUUUAUUUACAAAAGCUAUGUACAAUUUACUAAAAUGAUAAAGCAGGGAUGUGGAUUUCUGUAUUCUGAUGAUGAGUCUCUUCGGAGUACUGCUCAUCUUAAUUAAUUUUUGCUGAUACAUUGCUUCAUCUACUAGAAUAUUUCACAUCACCUAUAACAACUGCACAGUGUUCUGACACAUCUGAGUAUCCAAAAUAGCCAAUUAACACAAUCAAAUACAACUGGGCAAAUAUAAACAUGUUUGAAUUGUCAAAUAUAAAAUAAUGUUAUUGCAAUACAUACAAAAAGUUAAAGAUUUUAUGUAUCGCUAAUAGUAGGAAUUUUCUGCACCACUAUAUUUUUAAAAAUGGAAGUUAAACUGCAUAGAUCAGAGAAAGAUAAGUAAAUAUUUAAGAACAUAUUGAACAACUUUGCUAUUUAAAGAUAUUAUCCAAGUACAUAAAUUAUUCCUUUCUCUAUCAAUUCAAGCUAUUGAAUAUAAUAAUUAGCUUUACAAGAGGAAACCCUUAUUUGAUGGGCAGAGAUUGUAUCCCUACCUUCUUUUUCGUGUAAACCACUGGUCACAAAUGAACUGAUCUCUGUAUCCCAUUAUUACUCUAAGAGGUGGGAAUCCCAAAACUGCUUAGAUUGCAGUACAUAAGUCUGCACAAAAACUUCAACAAUUGCACAUCUUCAUUCUCCCAACUGAGUGUAAUAUGUGGAGCAUAAAACAGCAUAUUUCUUAGUACUUCAUGAAAAUCAGAUGGUCUUUAAAUGUCUCUUUAUGGAUGUAUUGUUCACGUUAUGGCUUUAAAAUAAUGAAUAUAUGAAAGUGAGGUAGUGAACAUCCUAAAUUUCUACACUGAAAUUAUUAAAUAAUCUUAUUUCAUAAAAUGGGAAAUAUAUGUUGAAUGACAUCACUGGAUGAACUUGAAGAUCUUUUAUUUGUUAACAAAAAGUAUUAUGGACAGCUUUCUGACUGUUGGGGUAAAUAGCAAAUGUUCAAACUUUACAGGCAUUUUGACAUUCAUGAUAAUAAUACAAUUCCUAGACAUUGUGUUAUAUAAUUAAAGCCAAAACCUCUAAAGCUAA